AUGCCUGAGCUCCUCGAGUUUCAUGGAUUUCAGGGAACUCCUUUAUCUGAUGACUCUGCUGUUUCAUCGUUAGAAGAAAAGACAAAGCAUUGCCAUGGCCUAGAUGGAGUGAACUCUCCAUUCUCCAUAGGCUCGUUGGGUAGUGGAGAUGUAAUUCUAACUCCCCAACUCGAUUCUAGCUUCGAUAGACAAGCUGGUGCAUCUUGGCUACAAGUUGAUGAUACUUGUCCGACGAAGAGGGAUGCUGAAAUCUGCAACAUUGAUUGGUCAAAAUCUAGUAAGAAUUCUGAGCUCAAUGUUGAUGCAGUGACUGAUCACGUUUCAAUUAAUGGUUUUGGAUCUACUGAAUCUGUAAUGAAGGAACAUGGAACAGAUGACAAAACCAAGGGGGUCCUCCCUUUUCAGUCACCAUGUUCAUGUGCAGAGUCCAUAAGCACCAAUGAAGAUGGUCUUGGCUGUGGUUCUGGUGCAAAGUCACAACUCCAACAUAAAGAUGAUGUCUCUGCAACGAAAGAAGCUUGGGAUGAUUAUAAUAGAUAUUUGUCUGAUAAGAAGGCAAAUGAGAAAGAAGUUUGGGUUGUUAAGAACGGGAUCAAGAAACAUAUUCAAGCGCAAGAUAUCUGUGUUGGUAAUACAGUGUGGCUUCGUGAGAACGAUGAAGUGCCGUGUGAUCUUGUUUUGAUCGGUACCUCGGAUCCUCAAGGCAUUUGUUAUGUAGAGUUGCUUGCCCGCAGUAAGUAUGGAAAGCACAGCAUUAUCAUUAAUGUAGAUGUUAAAGGUUCUUUUGUUUACAUUGGAGUGAUGGGUGGAUGUUCCAUUGUUGGAGAGAUAUCUUUUUCUACAGCUGCUCUAGAUGGUGAAACUGAUUUGAAGACGAGGGGUGUUAUUGAAUGCCCCAAUCCAGAUAAGGAUAUCCGACGAUUUGAUGCAAAUUUACGCUUGUUUCCUCCAUUUAUUGAUAAUGAUGUAUGCCCAUUGACCAUAAAAAACACAAUUCUUCAGUCAUGCUACUUGCGCAACACUGAGUGGGCUUGUGGAGUUGCUGUCUACACAGGCAAUGAGACUAAGCUCGGUAUGAGUAGGGGUAUACCUGAACCUAAGCUGACAGCUAUGGAUGCCAUGAUUGACAAGUUGACAGGAGCUAUAUUUGUUUUUCAAAUAGUGGUUGUUCUGGUUCUAGGCGUGGCUGGGAAUGUCUGGAAGGACACAGAAGCUAGAAAGCAAUGGUAUGUUUUAUAUCCAGAUGAGGGUCCUUGGUAUGAACUACUAGUGAUCCCUCUACGGUUUGAGCUUCUCUGUUCCAUCAUGAUACCCAUAUCAAUUAAGGUAUCUCUGGAUCUUGUGAAGAGUUUAUAUGCAAAGUUCAUUGAUUGGGACUGGGAGAUGAUUGACCUAGAAACUGGUACUCCAUCCCAUGCUGCAAACACAGCAAUAAGUGAGGAUCUUGGACAAGUUGAGUACAUUUUGACUGACAAAACUGGAACCCUCACUGAAAAUAAAAUGGUUUUUAGAAGAUGCUGCAUCGGUGGCAAUUUUUAUGGGAAUGAGACUGGAGAUGCUUUGAAAGAAUCAUCCUCUCGCCAUAUUUCCAUUUGGAUUUCUGGCUAUGUAAAGAGUGAUUUUGUUUUGGAGAAUGCUUAUGUAUUCUUAACUCUAAUUGUCACUGGGAAACUGACUGUACUUCUGAGAAAGGGAAUGCAAUAUAAGCAACUGCUAAAUGCCAUUUCUAGUGGAUCUCCUGAUGUUGUUCGGUCUCUUACAGUCAUGGCGAUAUGCAAUACUGUUGUACCUGUCCAAAGCAAAACUGGAGCUAUCUUGUACAAAGCACAAUCUCAGGAUGAGGAUGCUCUUGUUCAUGCUGCUGCUAAGCUAAACAUGGUUUUUGUCAAUAAAAAUGGAAAUAAUCUUGAGCUUAGAUUCAAUACUUCAGUAAUUCAGUAUGAAGUACUGGAAACUCUGGAGUUCACUUCUGAUAGGAAAAGAAUGUCAGUAGUGGUGAGAGAUUGCCAGAAUGGAAAGAUUUUGCUUUUGUCAAAGGGAGCUGAUGAAGCAAUUCUUCCUUAUGCUUCUGCUGGACAACAAACAAGGAUAUUUAAUGAGGCCGUGGAACAAUAUUCUCAAUUGGGGCUGCGCACGUUAUGCCUGGCUUGGCGGGAAUUAAAAGAAGAUGAAUAUGAGGAGUGGUCUUUUAUGUUUAGAGAGGCCAGUAGUACUUUGGUUGAUAGGGAGUGGAGAAUAGCUGAGGUCUGCCAAAGAUUAGAACAUGAUCUUGACGUUCUUGGAGUUACUGCCAUAGAGGAUCGUCUACAGGAUGAUGUCCCAGAAACUAUUUACACUCUAAGAAAAGCAGGAAUAAAUUUUUGGAUGCUUACUGGAGACAAGCAGAAUACAGCCAUACAAAUUGCUCUCUCAUGCAACUUUAUUUCACCAGAGCCAAAAGGUCAGCUUCUGUUAAUUGAUGGAAAAACUGAACAGGAAGUUGGUAGAAGCUUAGAGAGAGUUUUACUUACAAUGAGGACAACAGCAUCAGAACCAAAGGAUGUUGCAUUUGUUGUUGAUGGCUGGGCUCUUGAAAUUGCACUCAAGCAUUACUGGAAAGCAUUUACUGAAUUAGCAAUAUUAACAAGAACUGCUAUCUGUUGCCGUGUGACACCAUCUCAAAAAGCACAGCUUGUACAGAUCUUAAAAUCAUGUGACUAUAGGACUUUGGCAAUUGGCGAUGGUGGGAAUGAUGUGAGAAUGAUACAACAAGCUGACAUUGGGGUUGGCAUUAGUGGGAGAGAAGGACUGCAGGCAGCCAGGGCCGCUGAUUAUAGUAUUGGAAGAGUCUCUGGGACCAGUCUUUUCAAUUCUGUUAGCUUGAUGGCUUAUAAUGUUUUCUACACUAGUGUACCUGUUCUAGUUAGUGUCCUUGACAAAGAUCUUAGUGAAGAGACUGUAAUGCAGCAUCCACAAAUUCUGUUUUACUGCCAAGCUGGGAGGUACUCUUAG